UGAGUGACAGUAUAUAAGGACAGUGCGUGUCCUAUUUUAGCCUUAUCGUGUGUGUGUGUGUUUCCUGAACUGUGGCAUGAGGAAUCUGAGAUGAUCGCCCUGCAGAAAUGAAGAUGUUGCUUGUGUGGCGCUCUGUGAUGGUUCUCAUGGCUCUCGUUGCGCUCGGCUGCUGCCAUAUUCAGAACACGGACAGCGUGAUCAAUAUUCCUGUUGGCGAUCCACACGCGCCGCACGGAGUAUGGAGAAAACAAGUUGUGUGGAAAGCAAGAUGGAUCAAGGAAUGGAGGCAGGAGAAAGUAUGGAAGCCAUUGUGGAAGAAAGUGUGGGGACCAGUGGAAAUACAAGAGUGGGUUCCAAUUCCGAAACCUCCCCCUGGAUGGGAGUCAAAACAUGAGUGAUUUGUCGUAAAUAAAACACGAAAUGUUAACAACUGUUAGUAUUCAUGCUCAUGUUGACGCAGCGAAUCAGCAGUGACGCCUCAUUUGAAGAACAUAUAUUUAAUAUUCUCUCACUUGUCAUCUUGUCUAAGAAUUCAGUGUUUUUAAGACGCGUUUUACAACAGGAGUUCCUAACAUAACACCGUGAAGGCGAAUAGGAGGGACAGAGAAAAACAUCGAAGCGUUCUAGCUCUUUGUACUAAAUUGAGCUGGUAGUUAGGGUCGUCUUAGUUGUAAUGGUGUAGAUGGUUACCAACAUUUAGGAGGAACACAUCCAUCUUCAAGGUUGGUAACCACCUAUAAGAAUACAUGGCAUUACAACCCAAAAGAAUUCAGUUCUAAAGGGU